AUGGGGGUCAUCUACAACUUGAGAGGUAGCGGUGGCUAUAUUGCUAGUGGUAGUGAGGCUGACAGUCAUGUCAACAUGCUAAAAUCUAGAGGAGUGGAAAGCAAUAUGGUGACUAAUGGGUCUCGUACCUAUUGUCAUUCAAAACUACCAGUGUGCUCCUAUAUUUUCCGCAACAGUGCUGUACUGACGGAAGGGAAUGCAAGCGCGAAUACUGUCGCUAAUAGCAAACGAGGAACUCUGCUGCAACUACCGAGCCUGAAAUGGAUUACAAGUAAGUACACUAGUCUUAACUAUCUAUAUCUUUGUACACAUCGUACAACCACGGUGGCUCAAAUGCAUUCAAUGGGAUCUCAUACAUGGGAGGAUGAGCAGGCCUUCCGCGCCAUCAGCUUUAAAUGGUCAACUGCCUGGGACAUGAAAGAUAGAGAUUUAUUUUGCUCCAUUACUACGGCUGAGAUUACUGUGGACUACUCAGAUUACCCUGCCGUCCCUCUAGAUCGGCUCACACUUACCCCGGACAAUUUUUUUGCCUUUGCAUUCAAGAAGACUUCCCUGGGUGACCCCAACUUACAAACCCAGCAUCUCCUAGGGUUAGGCAUUUAUACUUAUGUAAACGAUGCUGAGGCAAAAGGCAACUAUCAGGUUCGAGCGCGACAUGUUCGCAGAUUCUCCAACGGAAAGGACGUUGAGUGGGAUAGUAGCUGUUACGUUGAGCAUGUUUACACCAAGGUAUGCUACGUUUCGGGUUUCACGCAUAAAUUCGCAUUUCCCCUUUCUGUUGAUUGA